AUGGCGCACUCCGCCCAGCGCCCACGGCACAAGUAUGCGGCGGUGUCGCUGUCGCCGAGCUGCCUCCACAGGCUGCACCUUCCGGCGGAGUUCGCGGCGCGGCUCGAGCCCGGCGCCGGGGAGGAGGAGCGGGAGGUGACCGUGAUGGGCCCGCUCGGCAAGGUCUGGCGCGUGGAGCUGCGCUGGCAGGACAGCGUGUGCUGGCUGGGCAGCGGCUGGCCGGAGCUCGCCGCCGCGCUCGGCAUCGGCACGGGGUGGUCCGUCGUGCUGCGGCGCGAGCGGCGCGGGGUGGCCACCCUCAGCGCGUUCGACCCGGGCUGUUGCCUCGCGCGCCUCUGCACCCCACACGCAGGUUCAUCACAAGGCGUGGCAUGCAAGAACAGGCCACGAUUCAUCAAGGUGAUCCAACCGGAUGACCUCGAGAAGAUGAGGAUACCUGAUAAGUUUGUGCAGCAGCACUUGACCGAAGCUGGAGCUUGCCUGAGCAGCCAGAACGCCAUGAUCGUCUGCCCUCUCGGCAAGUUCUGGCGAGUCAAGCUAGACCAUGGUCAGUCAGAUGUGCUGUGCGGAGAUGAAUGGCCCCAGUUCGUGAUGGCGCAUGAUCUGUCCGAAGGGAACAUCCUGCUGUUCAGGUAUGAAGGCACCAACAUGGUGUUUUCAGUCGAGGUGUUCCUGCGGAAUGGGUGUCUCAAGGAGUACCACACAACACUUGCUCUGUGUACAACUGAUGGUGCAAGGGGGCCAAGCGAUACAUCCCCACAAAGGCCAACAACUCCAUCUCUCAGUAUGAAAAGGAAGAACGACAGACAGGUGGUUUAUGCAAUUUCUGCACCAACCCAGUUAAAGAGCAAACCUGCUGUCAUUUCGCCAAGGCACUCGUUCACGAAGAAGAUCACCAGCUUUGCUCUUCAUAAACACUUUGUGAGCACUGCAUUUGUUCUCUUUAUACUUUGGUUUGUUGCAUAUAUAGAAUUGGACACAGCUAAUUGA